CAACAUAACACACCAUAACAAAGAAAAAAGACAUUAUCCCAAGUCCAAAUCCAAUUCUAUAUCCAUUUCCAAACUAAAUCCACACUUCCUAAUACAUAAGAAAGAAUAACCAUGACUGUUUCUAAUACCAAGGUCUCCGAGGACACAUCUGUCACUUUCACCGGAUGGGCUUCUACUGGAGACCUCACUGUCAAGCCUUACUCAUACCAUCCUCAGCCAUUGCGUCCGGAGGAUGUCGAAAUUGAGAUCACUCACUGUGGUAUCUGCGCCUCAGAUACCCACACCAUCAAUGGCGAUUGGGGCCCAUUGAAGCAUGGACCUUGCAUCGCCGGACACGAACUCGUUGGGAAAGUGAUCGUUGCUGGCAAAAGCAGUCGUCAUCAGGUCGGUGAUAUUGUUGGCGCUGGUGGAUUGAUCGAAGCAUGCGGUCAAUGCAAUGAAUGUAAAAAAGAUCUAGACCAGUUCUGUAAGAAGAAAACCUUUAUCUUCGAUGACACGUACAAGAACGGACGCAAUGGCAUCAGCUACGGUGGCUUUGCUGAUCGUAUCCGUCUGGACAGCAAGUUUGUCUACAAGAUCCCCCCACAGAUCUUGCCUGCUGAAGCUGGUCCGCUAAUGUGUGCUGGUCUGACCACUUAUACUCCCCUUAAGCAUCUUGGUGCUGGCCCUGGUAAGAAAGUCGGUAUCAUCGGCAUCGGUGGUCUCGGUCACUUGGGUAUCCAGUGGGCUAGAGCUAUGAACUGCGAUGAAGUCGUUGCGAUCUCCACCGGUGAGAGCAAACGUAAGGAGGCCAAACAACUCGGUGCUACAAGAUUCCUGAAUUUCAGUAAACCUGAGGAGAUAAAAGCAGCUGCUGAGUUAUUAGAUAUUGUCCUUUGUACUGGUUUGCCUGACGACGCUGACUGGGGUCAAUACUUAUCCCUCGUGGCCAACCAUGGCAAGUUUGUGGUCUUGUGCGUGCCUAACAAGCCCAUAUGUGUACCUGGUUUGCCCUUGAUCUACCGUGAUGUCGCUGUGGUUGGAUCAUUGAUUGGUAGUAGGAAGGACAACGAGGACAUGUUACAGUUUGCAGCCGAGAAGAACGUUCGUCCUUGGAUCGAGAAGAUGCCAAUGAGUGACGCUAAUGCUGCGCUCAAGCACUCAAAAGAAGGUCGUCCUCGCUAUAGAGUUGUUAUGGAAACCGUGGCCGCUUCCCGUCUCUAAUAGCAUCAUUCCAUUCCUCCUUUCCUUUUCACUUGGAAAAGUAUCGCAUCAGUCCACCGGUCAUUGAUCAAUAAUCUACACAAGCACAAAU